GUCCAUCCAUCUGAACCAGUUUUCAUUACAAACAAGAAACCAAUUGAACAAGGUAAAUGGCGACCCAGAUACACAGUAAUGCCCAAAUCACUCUUCUACUAUUUCUUCACUGAAUUCCCAAAAGUAAGAGGCUUUCAACAAGAGCAAGAAGAAGACGACGACGACGACGAUGCAGUGGUACUUUGUUGCCGCGCUUCUCACCGUCCUCACCAGCUCUCAGGGAAUCUUGACAACUCUCUCUCAAAGUAAUGGCAAAUAUAAGUACGACUAUGCAACUGUUCCGUUUCUUGCUGAAGUUUUCAAGCUAGCAGUUUCCUGUGUUUUUCUUUGGAGAGAGUGUCGCACAUCUCCUUCUGUACGAAUGACUACAGAUUGGAAGAGCGUGCGCUUAUAUCCUAUUCCUUCAAUCAUAUAUCUAGUUCAUAACAAUGUUCAGUUUGCUACUCUUGUUUAUGUGGAUACUUCCACAUAUCAGAUAAUGGGUAAUCUGAAAAUUGUUACCACAGGCAUAUUAUUCAGGCUAUUUCUAAGAAGAAAACUUUCUAAUCUGCAAUGGAUGGCAAUUGUUUUAUUAGCUGUUGGAACGACCACAAGCCAGGUUAAAGGCUGUGGAGAAGCAUCAUGUGAUUCUCUGUUCUCAGCACCAAUCCAAGGAUAUACACUGGGCAUCCUGUCUGCUUGUAUGUCAGCAUUAGCAGGUGUUUACACAGAGUUUCUUAUGAAGAAGAACAAUGAUAGCCUGUACUGGCAGAAUGUACAAUUGUAUACGUUUGGUGUAAUUUUCAACAUGGCACGGCUUGUCUUCGAUGACUUCAGGGGUGGAUUUGAGAAUGGACCUUGGUGGCAACGGAUUUUCAAUGGAUAUAGUGUUACGACUUGGUUGGUGGUGUUAAAUCUUGGGUCCACUGGCUUGCUGGUUUCAUGGUUGAUGAAGUAUGCUGACAAUAUUGUGAAGGUGUAUUCUACUUCAAUGGCAAUGCUGCUGACAAUGGUUUUAUCUGUAUACCUUUUCACUUUCAAGCCCACAUUGCAGCUCUUUUUGGGUAUUAUUAUCUGUAUGAUGUCACUACACAUGUACUUUGCCCCUCCAAACACGCUGGUAGACAUACCAUUGCCUGUAAAAGCAACCCCUGAGAGUCUGAAAGAAGUUGCUGUUGUUGAAUGAAGAUCAGAUUCCUGAUGCUUCUCUUGUUCAGGGAAACUAAUGCUUUCACAAGUUGCAGUUAAUUGCAGUAACCGGAACAUAGUACAAUUGGCUGAUAGACAAGUUUGCAAUGGGGCCUAGAUUCUUCUUUGAACCAGCAAUAGCUUUCAGAAAGGACACAACUAAGCGUAGCUGGGAUUUCUCUCUUGACCAUAAAAGUUGGAGAGAAACUGAUUCAACCAGUUACUUGAACAAAUUGAUUAGCUUAUAUUCUUUUCUCAUAUUUAUGCUGGAUAUACCUGUUCAAAGUAUGUACUUGUGACUUCUUUAAUCACUGUCAAGAAAUUUGAAAUUCUUGGUAAAUUAUUAUCUUAUCUUAAUGGAUGGAGAUUGCUAUUA